AUGUCAACCAUCACUGGGCAUCUGAUCUACAAGCUUGGAGGUAUUGACAAGCGUGUGAUCGAGAGGUCCAAGAAGGAAGCUGCUGAGAUGAACAACAGGUCAUUCAAGUAUGCAUGGGUGUUUGACAAGCUAAAGGCUGUCCUCGAAGGAGCGAAGCUCUUCCGUGUUGUUUGUAUCCACCAGAGAUCUGUUUUUACCAACACUCUCUGA